AUGGACAAGGCUAAAGGAUCUGUGGGAAGCCCACGAUAUGGCCCGGAAUAUAAAGAAAGGGUCGAAGUCCUAGCUCGCGAAGCAUCCGAAAUAUUCAACGAGGCCGAAGCAGUGGUGGUGCCCUUUGAGCAUGCGUCGAACGCGCGGAAAUGGAAAAUUAUGCUUGAGAGGGGCCGCUUUAUAUCUCGGAAUGCGAAGGUUCAGAAGUAUCAAGAUGAUAUCAUUCGAGUAAGGGUCUAG